CCAUCAGAGUACUUCAGCAAGAAAUCUUCAGCAUUCAAUUCUACAUAUUUAGAUACCGAAUUUCAGGAUGUUCAAGCAUACAUUUUCAUCUGUUUUCAUCAUAAUGCUGAUUGCAAAUAUGCACAAUGCAAUUGUACUUGUGUCUGCAGUUGAUCCUGCACCAGUUGGCAAUGAACCGGUUCUUGAAAUAUACAUGCAUGACAUUCUUGGAGGCAGUAGCCCUACAGCUAGGCCAAUCACUGGCUUGCUAGGCAACAUCUACAGCAGCCAAGUGCCCUUUGCAAAGCCGAUAGGGUUCCUUCCUCCAAAUGGUGCGGUGGCUAUCCCUAAUGCCAAUGGUGCCAUUCCAACUGUAAAUGGUGCCAAUGGUCUCCCACUAGGAACCGGCUUAUCUGGUACAGCUUUUGCAGGAAAUCCUAAUGCUCAACAGAAUGGCAAUCCUGCUACCCAACUAGCACCGGAUGGGUUGGGACUAGGCUUUGGGACAAUCACUGUCAUUGAUGACAUACUGACCUCUAGUCCCGACUUGGGGUCACAAACGAUUGGAAAAGCUCAAGGAGUUUAUGUGGCAAGCUCUGCAGAUGGAACAAGACAGCUGAUGGCAUUUACGGCUAUGAUGGAAGGAGGGGAGUAUAAUGACAACCUCAACUUUUACGGAGUGUACAAGAUUGGGAGUACCAAGUCACAGUUGUCAGUGACUGGAGGGACGGGCAAGUUUAAGAAUGCCAAUGGGAUUGCAGAGCUGCAACCACUUAUUCCUCCAGGUCAACAUGCAACAGACGGUGCAGAAACAUUGCUGAGGAUUACUGUCCACUUAAAGUACUGAGACAAAGUGGUCUGUUUGUGUCGAUGUCGAUGUCAAUGUGAGUGUCUGUGAUUGUAUUAGCUACAUGUGUGGAGUAUCUUUCAAUUGUAACUGUUCUGCUUAACUAUGGUAAUGCCUAAUGAAGAAUAUCUUGUCAA